ACACACGCAGCUCCACAAAGUGCGCCUGUGCUGAGAGGGGCGUCUGAACGUUACAUCCUGUCCCCGCAGAGGCAGGCGCGUCUUGCGAGGCAACUGCUCCGGCUGUGGAUGAGGAGACAGCACACAGGAUACAGCCUGGAGUUCACGCAGAAUAACCCCGGGGUGGUUUCGUAAAAUGUGAAGAGGUGGAUUUACUCUGUCGGUAUGCAGUGUAACGCGUUGACAGAUCAUGUCCGGGGGUGCUGCGUCCGCGUGCAGAUCUUCUGACUGGGGCAGUUGCUGUUGUUGUUGUUGGCUGUUUUGACCCAAAACAAGAUGCAUCUGUUUCGGAGUUACAAUUAUCAAGUCUUCCCGGACCGCUGCUCUGUGGAAACGCCGACCAUACGAGGCAUCAGCUGGACACCGCUGCCAGAAGCCCUGGAUUCAAAGGACACCAUGAAGCAGUUUCUGUCAGAUCGUAUUCUGAAGGCAGCGAGAGCAGUCUAUAGUGCUCUGAUCGAGCGCGAUCCCAGUCUGAUCCGAGAUAGAAAAUAUCACCUCAAAACCUACAGACAAUGUUGCUCAGGCAAGGAGCUUGUUGAUUGGUUAAUGAAGCAAAAUGAAGGCCUCCAGUCAAGAAGCCAGGCUGUUGGAAUGUGGCAGGUCUUGGUGGAUGAAGGAAUCCUCGUUCAUGUGAAACACGAGCUGAACUUCCAUGACAAGGACACCCAGUUUUACCGCUUCCUGGACUCAGAGUUUGGGCUGAACCACACAACCAAUGAGAGGGACUCAGAGGACGAGCUGCAGGAGGGUCUGUCGCUGUUGUCUCAGAUGGGCCCCGACGCUCUGCUCACUAUGAUUCUACGAAAAUGCCCCAGUCAGAGGAGCGCUGAGGACCUGGAGGUCAUCUAUGAGGAGCUACUCCAUGUCAAGGCUGCUGCUCACCUCUCCACCUCGGUGCGUAAGGAGCUGGCAGCAGUGCUGGUGUUUGAAUCGCAUGCCAAGGCAGGAACAGUCUUGUUUAGCCAGGGAGACAAAGGCACCUCCUGGUACAUCAUCUGGAAAGGCUCUGUAAAUGUGAUCACGCAUGGGAAGGGCCUGGUGACAACACUGCACGAGGGUGAGGACUUUGGGCAGCUCGCUCUGCUGAAUGAUGCUCCUCGUGCCGCCACCAUCAUUUUGAGAGAGGACAACUGCCAUUUCCUGCGAGUUGAUAAACAGGACUUCAUACGCAUCCUCAAGGAUGUGGAGGCUAAUACGGUACGGCUAGAAGAGCAUGGGAAAACUGUGCUAGUUUUGGAGAAGAGCGCCGACUCAGCUGACCAGGGAGGGGCAGGAAACAGCAGCAAGUACACGGUCAUGUCAGGAACACCAGAGAAGAUCCUCGAACACUUGCUGGAAACGGUGAAGUUGGACUCCAACGGAAAUGACGCUAUAGAUCCCUGUGUGAGCGACUUCCUUCUCACCCACAAAGUCUUCAUGCCUUCCAGCCAGCUGUGUCUCGCUCUGCAACACCACUACCAUGCGGAGCCGUCAGAGGGUUCAGAGCUAGAGAAGGCCGCCUAUGUCCUCAACACCCAGCAGAAGGUAGUGAAGCUGAUCGGCCAGUGGGUGGCACUGUAUGGCCUUCUGCUGAAAGAGGACCCCAUUGCUGUAGACUUCCUGGAGAGGCUGAAGAAGGAGGUGGCAAGUGAUUCCCGUCUGUCCAACAUGCUGAAAGAACAAUUUAGAGACCGAAGGAGAACAAAAGUACUGGAGAAUGGAUACCAGUCACUGACAAGGCAGAGCCCACAGUUUGACUGGUUUUCAAAUUGUGAGGAGCCAGUGGGGAGAUUACAGCCAAUCAGAGCACAGGAUAAAGUGCUGUAUGAGAUCCUCAGGCCAGACAGCAACCCUCUCAAACUGAUGCUCCCAGUGAACACGUCUGUACAGGAAGUGAUGUCAGCCAUGGUCAACCCUGGGGGUGAUCACGUCCUGGUCAAAAUGAACUCCAUGGGAGAGAGGGCUCAGUUAAAGCUGGAUGCCACUGCUGUGUACACCGCCCUGGGAGUGAACGAGAGGCUGUUCCUCUGCACAAGCAGCCAGGUGGAACAGCUGAUGCCCCUAAAGGAACAACAGGGUCCAGAGGAGGGAACCACCGACACCCUCGAACAGAUGUGCUCUAAAGACAUCGCCAGCCAGCUCACCAACUAUGACUGGGAGCUGUUCACUGCCAUGCAUGAGGUGGAGCUUGUCUACUACAUAUUUGGCCGUCACAAAUUCCCAGGGGCCAUCACAGCCAACCUCGAGCGGUUUGUGCGUCGCUUCAACGAGGUGCAGUACUGGGUGGUGACUGAGCUGUGCCUCUGCGAAGACCUGGUGAAGCGAGCUGUGCUGCUCAAGAAGUUCAUCAAGAUGGCUGCAGUAUUGAAAGAGCAGAAGAAUCUCAAUUCGUUCUUUGCUGUGAUGUUCGGGUUGAGCAACAGUGCAGUACAGAGGCUUUACAAGACCUGGGAGAGAAUACCCAGCAAGACCAAAAGGGUUUAUUGUGCUUAUGAGAGGCUGAUGGAUCCAUCACGUAACCACAGGGCCUACAGACUGGCUGUGGCCAAACUCAGCCCUCCUUACAUCCCCUUCAUGCCUCUGCUACUCAAAGACAUGACAUUCAUCCAUGAGGGAAACAAGAGCUAUACAGACAAAUUGGUCAACUUUGAAAAGAUGCGCAUGAUUGCCAAGACUGUGAAAAUAGUGCGAGGAUGCAGAAGCCAGCCUUAUGUGCCUUCAUCACCACAGAAAGGCUUCACAGAUCGAAUGUUUCUGGAGACACCUGCUAUUCGCCUGUCUACAUACUCAGACCACACUCUCCCUCUGCGGAGUCCCAGCAACAUCCGGCACUACGUUCAGAACCUGAAGGUGAUUGACAAUCAGCGCAAACUAACACAACUAUCAAGAACAAUAGAGCGCUAGGACGUCGACCUGCAGAUGCAUAAAGACUGUAGCACUGUAGCCCACCUCUGAAUCAGAGGGUGGAUCACAUCUGGAUUAACACUUCCACUCUCAUCCUGCUAAGAUGGACCUCUGAAGAUGUUACAUGAGCGAGUCUGAAGGUGAAAAAGGGGAAUUUCUGCUGUGGAUGUUCAGUUCGAAUCAUGGCGCAGCUCCCCUUGGUCAUUAUCAGUGCAGCUUGGAGACAGAGGAAACUGGCAGUGUGCACAGUAAUGACCUCUAGUGCCUUACAAGAGACCCUGUGUUGGCUGAUUGUCCACAGGCCUGUACUGAACAUACAACAAAAUGCCAGUUGGUGGAUGCUUUUAUCCAAAAAGCCUUACAGUAGGCCUAUAUAGGAUUAUAUAUAGGAGUGCACACGCAGCAGUGUUAAUGAAACACUCCCACUGAGCUUCAUAAGCAGCACAAUCUCACAACACUGUACAGUUAUGCCUAUCUUUUGUGUUAACAUACAUUUAUGUGAUUGUUUAUGUAUUGUAUAGUGCACUCUGGGAAGGAAUCACAACGUUGGUUUCACAAAAGUGCCAUAAGAGCACUGAUUCUGCACAUCUCAGCCAUAUGGUAAUCAGUUUUGUUCAGUAGUUUCUAUUUCACUUGUAUUUCCACAUUAAAGCUGAAGAUAUCCUAUCAGAUCAAUGUUUGUUAGGCAGGCAACUAACUGAACAUGCAUAUUAUUUCAUACGGUAUUGUAUGUUAUUUUCUAAAUAAAUUAUUUUCUGAGUUACGUGUAUUGAAUGAGAACACAAGGAAACAUUUCUAAAAAGGGAAGUAUUUUAUUUAAAAUACAAACCAUACCAGGUACAAAUUAUCAUCACCCUUAUCCCUUCCCACCCGCCCUCCCCUCCAAAAACAAAACAAAACAAAACAAAACAAAACAAAAAUACCCCCCAAUAUGGGGUGAAAAGAAUUCACAACAAAUCAGUUUAUCAUUUGCAUUCAAAAAAUACUCUCGUCAUAAAUAUGUACAGCUUCUUUUUGAAAGUCCAGGAGAGGGAUUAUGGGCC